AUGACCGAUCGAUUGACAUCAGAUAUGUCAUUUUGGCUCAAAUUUGUACGUGAUGCGAAUCUCUCAGUUAAUAAUAGUAUUAUAUUGAAAUAUAGCAUGACAUUAGCUGAUCGUUUUUCAACAAUAGAAGAACUUUUAGAAAGUGACGAUAAUGAAUUAAAUAAGCUGGGCAUUACUAAUCAAGCUGAUCGUAUUUGCUUGAUGAAACAAGCUCGUCUUUUAGAUAAUACAACAAAUCAACCAUUGAUAUUAAAACGACGAUCAGCUAUUGCUAAUCGUGUUAUUGAAAAUUGGAUUGGUGAUAAUCAAGCAACACGAUUGAAUUCAAAUGUAUUAUCGAAAUCAACCUGUAAUUUAUCACCAGCAAUGCUUUCUCGAAUUUCAUUUAAUGAUCGUCCAGCUUCAGUUGUUUAUCCAUAUGCUGAACCAACAAGUGAUAUACGAAAACGUAAUUUUGGUCAUGUUAUGGAAUCAGAAGAAAAAAUUAUUACAGUUGAUGAUAAUGGAAAAAUUCAAACUAAAAUAGCAUCAUUAUCAUCACCACUUGAUUAUCAAGGUGUAUUAAAACAAACUUCAUCGACAUCAUUUCAUGGAAUGCGAACAAUAAAAUCUCUUUCUGAUACAAUAUCAUUACAAAAAAAAGUUCUUGGUACUGAUCGUCUUAAACGACUUGAUUCUUCAACAUCAUUAUUUCAACGACAAACAUCAUUUAUAAGUAAAAAAGUGACAAAUUUAGCUAAUAAACUUGUGAAUCCAUUUGUAAUAAUUAAAAAGAAAAUUGAACCAUCAUCAUCAUCAUCAACAACAGUUGAUAGUCAAAUUGAUUUACGUACAAAUAUGAAACGACAAGUUUCUCUUGUAGAAAAUAAAAAUGAUAUAACAAUAACAGCAAAACGAACGGUAACAAUUAGUCCACUUAAACGAACACGAGAUGAUGAUGAUGAUGAACCAAAAGAACAUCGAAAAGUACAAGUACUAAGUACUAAUAAUGAAAUUCGACGAUCAACUGGUCUUUUCUCUUAUGAAGAAGAAGAAGAAGAAGCAAAACGUCAUGAAAAAAAAAUUUUAAAAAUAUUUCUUAUUAGUGUUAAUUAUUCGAAUCCAACUACUGCUCCAUUUAAAGCCGAAUGGGAUACACAAUUUAAAGGUCUUUAUGGAUCUAUUCCACUUCGAUGUUAUUCUUCUGAUGGACGUUAUCUUCUUCUUUCUUCAUUAUGUGGUUCACGAAAUGUUUUAUAUAUUUAUGAUUUUACUGAACAAAAAAUGAUAUCUCUUGAUUCACCAUUAGGUGUUAAUACAUCGAUGAUUGGUCUUGCUAUAUUUGGUCAUUAUGUUGCAGUUAAUAUUGUUGAUUGUCGUACACCAUUUCGAUUAUAUGUAUUCGAUUUAAGAACAUUAGAUAAAAAAGAUAAAGAUACUAAUGAUUGGAAUUUAAUUGUUGAACAUGAAUUUAAAAAAGAAGAAAAGAAUAAAAUUGAAUGGAAUCUUGAUCGAUUCUUUCCUGAUAAUGAAUCAAUUCCUGUUGAAUCGAUUUAUGUUCAUGUACAUGAUACACAAUCGAAACGACCAUUAAUGGUUUUAAUACAUGGUGGGCCGAAUUCGGCUGUUACUUUGAAUUAUUAUAUUGGUGUUGUUGCAUAUGUUUCAUUAGGUUUUGAUAUGCUUAUUGUUAAUUAUCGAGGUUCAACUGGUUUUGGACAAGCUUCAAUUGAUAAAUUAUUGGGUAAUAUAUCAAAAACUGAUGUUCAAGAUUGUCAUGAAGCUAUACGUCGCUGUCUUGAAUAUACAGAAUCAAGUCGACCAGUUAUACUUAUAGGUGGAUCUCAUGCAGGUGUAAUUAUUGGUCGUCUUAUUGGAGAAUAUCCAAAUGAAUAUGCAGCUGCUGUCUUACGAAAUCCAGUUACUGAUCUUCUUCAUACUUAUGCUACAUCGGAUAUACCUGAUUGGGCUCUAGCUCAAUCCGUCAAUGGACAAUUUGAUUUUGAAACAGGACGUAAUCGUUUUGCAGAUACAUCAUUUGUUACAUAUCUUAUUGAAAGGUCAUCAAUACGUCUUAUUGAUCAAAUAAAAACACCAGUUUUAUUACAAUUAGGCAAGAAAGAUAAACGUGUACCAUAUAGUAUGGGUCUAUGUUAUUAUCAAUGUUUGAAAGCGAACAAAAUUCCAACGAAAUUAUAUGUUUAUGAUAGUAAUCAUGGACUUAGUGAAACAUCUUGUGCUAGUGAUUGCUUUGUUAAUACAAUUCUUUUUAUUCAUGAACAUUUAAAUUUAUCAUCAUAA